CAACAUCCAGUGAAUUAUUAACCGCUAUGUAAUCACAUCUGACGUCUGGGUGCUUUUUCCGUGCUUUGCAUGCAUGUUUGACAACAGACGAUUUUCGGUCUAGGUCUGGUUUGUUGGUUUACAUUCUUGAGCGGUACAUUCUAACAAGGCAAUGGAAGGGGACGACUUUGACUGGAAACCUCCCAGUGAGGCGGAGAUGAAGGUUCUUCAAGCUCGGCGGGAGCGCUCCGAUAAGAUCUCCAAGCUGAUGGGCGACUAUCUCCUCAAAGGGUACCGGAUGCUGGGGUCUUGCUGCGCAGUGUGUGGGACAAUUCUACUCCGUGAUCGGCAGCAGCAGGAUUACUGCGUCUGCUGCAACGAGCUAGAAACUGACCUGGCAAAGGAUGACCCAGCCGUCAGCGCCAAAGCUGCAAGAUCUCAGGUUGAGGAGCAUGAACUGAGCGUCUCGGCAGCCGCUCACAACGGCCCGUCCUCCAAGGCAUCGAGCAACGGUGACACCCCUCAUGCAACCCCAACGGGUAAACGCCCCAGGCACACAUUACACUCCCAGAAACCCCCGGGGUCCCACGGGAGGGGCAAGGAGGCAUCCUCCCGCACUCGGCACCAAUACGAGAACCAGCCGUACGCCGCGGGGCACACGUGCCCCCUGCACCCGUCCCAUAACCACGCCCCGAAGCAGGUGCUGGAUUUACCCCCCGGAUCGCCAGACAUUGUUCCUGAGUCCAUGGAGGCGGUCAUGAGCAAGAUGUACUGGGCUUGCCAGCAGUUGAAGGGCACGGCCUCGGUGGAAGGAAGCACCCAGCUCUGCCUGCUGAUCAAGUCAUGCGCUGAUGCCAUGACGUCACUCAGAUACCUAGUUCCUGGGGAACUUACCGACUGAUACUAGACUUUCUUAGAAGACUGUGUACCUAAAGCAAUAACAGGGUCAAAAACACACUGUCUGUUUGUUUGUUUGUUUACUUUUGUAGAAAAAGCCGGUUUAACACAACAGCAGGCUUGCCCCUGUUUUAUGAGAAAUAUACACAGACAAAAUAGUACUUGUUUGUCCCUUUUUAGCUGCAAGUAGCACCUCAACAAAUCAUCGUGUCACUCCGUUAGUUAGUUUGUUAGUCACAAACGUUGACAUUGUCUAUUGCUCCCACAUACUUUGACCAGCCCCAACAUGUCACAUGACCAAACUGGGUCAAAGGUCAUCAUGGGGUCAGGGUAAUCAUUACGCCAAAUUUCAAAUCAGCUGAAAAUGUCAAACGUAGCGCUGUCAACAUGUUGGCCUUGGUCAAACAUUAAAAAAUGACCAUGGUGACCUCUUCGUCUGACCUACAGUUAUGGGGUCAAAGGUCAAAAUAAGGUGAACACGCAUUCGUUGGCCCGCACUUUCGAGAUCCGAUUGGGCCUGUUUAAAACUAAAUAAAGACUGUUGAAGUAUUGGGUAAUCUUGUCUGUUAUAUUUUUUCAUUGGUUCAUCACUGUUCUCCUUUUUUUUUUUUUUUUAUUACAACUAAUUUAAAAUUGUCAUAAGACCCUGCCUCGUAUCAUUAUAUGGAACGAUUGUUGAGUACUAGACCCUAUGCCAUAGCUCCAGUGAUCAUUAGUGAAACUCUCCGCUUACUGUAGCAGAAAAUGCUGCACGUUCACAGUUCGCAUAUUUUGUGGUUAGCUAGGAAUUUUGGUAUACGCAUACAUCCAGUAACUAAAGAUUCUGUGUUUGCAGGGUUUUAGCAAAUAGUUAUUUAGCAAGAGCUGUUAGCACAGAAUUGUGAUUAAAAGUGAGGAAUUCUAUAGGCUGGGGGUAUAAACCUCCGCGAAAUAGCUGCUGCAUUGUAUGUGACCAAUGGCUUCACCAAUUUAGUGUGAUUUUUUUUUUGGUGAAAUUUGUUUUUUUUUGGGGGGGGCGUCUUGUCUCUGAACUCAGCUUCACAAAUCUUUUGCAGUGAAUAACAAAGUGAGUUUAUAUUCUGCUUUGGGAAAAGCAUAGCAUUUAAUCCAUUCCAUGUGAUUGUAAAUGAUUCUGGACAAGUCACGAUGCCGAAGCUGGCAAUAUAAAAACCAAGUUUCAAAAAUGCCCUUGGUUCCCAAUUCACCUUCAAAUUGUUGGUCAAACAGAGCCGUGACAUUGGUCGCUGGUUACUCAUGAAAGAGCUCAAAUGAAAUCGGCGGUGACUAGCGCCCUCAGAUGUGGCGUUUGGUUCUAGAGACUUUGCAAGUUCUGUUAAAUAGCUGCUGCUUAUACUGCGUGGAUCGAGUGUGCGUAUACUACGUUGUAUGUGACCAAUGGCUUGUCAUAAACAAUGACAAAGUGACGUGUCAAUUUUGCCGGUACUUUCAACUUUUUUGAUCAUGUGUGUCAGACAAACGUCAGUGAUCUCUGUCACAUUGGUUAAUGCGUUUCUUAAUUUUUUUAUUAAUUAUCAAGUUAUCACAGCCAACAGGCUGAAUUGCGGUGCAAUGUACAACUAAAAGCAAUUGUUUUGAAAGUUAUCACAAAAAGGUAAAUUAAAGAAAGAAAAACUUAAAAUAUGUAUCAUUUCCAGAAUUAUUUAUUUCUCAAGAAUCUGUUUCUUGCUAUUCAAAAUGCACCAUGUUCUGUUGUUCAGAAAGGAAUUGGAACAUUCAGGUUUUGAGACAGUUCUGAAAGUAGUCUGUUGAUCCUGGGUUUGUAAAUAAUGCCAUGGUCCAAAAUAUCAAACUCAUAAAUGUUCAGAUUCUUUCACAGAAAACCGUGAGCCUACCAAAUUGAAAUUGUGGAGAACAUGGUUAAGUCAUAAAUUGAAUGAAAGAGUUUACUAAAGUAGAAGGGUUUACCAGCGUAAAUGGCAGGGUUCAACCUUAACUUUUUUGUUCACUAGCAAGCUGGGCUACUGAAAUAGACUCUUAACUAGCCUAAUUUUGUGGCUCGCCAGAAGGGCUACUUAACUGAGGAAUAGUCUGACUAGCCUAUCUGUUUAGAUAAAAGCAAUGAAAUGGAAAAACAUUGUUUGAAGACAAAACAAAACAAAUCUCCUACUUGCUGUGUAUACUUUUUGUGGAUAAACUGAGAAUAAACACAAUCCUUUUUUUUAUGCAGA